GAUGGCCGGAGAGAGAGACUGACCCCCAUCUCCAAGCCCAUGAGGGGCAAGGCGUAUUCUGUCCCAAAGAUGGGGAACAUCAGUACAGAAAACGCCUCGCUGACCUGCCCCAUCGACCACACCAUCCACCAGACACUGGCCCCGGUGGUCUAUGUGACCGUGCUGGUGGUGGGCUUCCCAGCCAACUGCCUGUCCCUCUACUUCGGCUACCUGCAGAUCAAGGCCCGGAACGAGCUGGGGGUGUACCUGUGUAACCUGACCAUCGCGGACCUGUUUUAUAUCUGUUCCCUCCCCUUCUGGCUGCAGUACGUGCUGCAGCACGACCACUGGUCCCACGGUGACCUCUCCUGCCAGGUGUGCGGCAUCCUCCUUUACGAGAACAUCUACAUCAGCGUGGGCUUCCUCUGCUGCAUCUCCAUCGACCGCUACCUGGCCGUGGCCCACCCCUUCCGCUUCCACCAGUUCCGCACCCUGAAGGCGGCCGUGGGUGUCAGUGUGCUCAUCUGGGCCAAAGAGCUGCUGACCAGCAUUUACUUCCUCAAGCAUAAGGAGGUCAUUGAAGACGAAGACCGGCACCGCGUCUGCUUUGAGCAUUACCCCAUCCAGGCCUGGCAGCGUGGCAUCAACUACUACCGCUUCCUGGUGGGCUUUCUCUUCCCCAUCUGUCUGCUCCUGGCCUCCUAUCAGGGCAUCCUGCGGGCUGUGCGCCGCAGCCACGGCACACAGAAGAGCCGCAAGGACCAGAUUCAGCGGCUGGUGCUCAGCACUGUGGUCAUCUUCCUGGCUUGCUUCCUGCCCUACCAUGUGCUGCUGCUGGUACGCAGCCUCUGGGAGGCCAGCUGUGAGUUUGCCAAGAGCAUCUUCAACAUUUACCACUUCUCCCUCCUCCUCACCAGCUUCAACUGUGUAGCUGACCCGGUGCUGUACUGCUUCGUCAGUGAGACCACUCACAGGGACCUAGCCCGCCUCCGAGGAGCCUGCCUAGCCUUCUUUACCUGCUCCAGGACAAGCAGGGCCAGGGAAGCCUACCCUCUGGGGGCCGCUGAGGCCUCUGGGAAAAGUGGAGGCCAGGGUGAGGAGCCUGAGUUGUUAACCAAGCUCCACUCAGCCUUCCAGACCCCUAACUCUCUGGGAGUGGGAGGGCCCUCCACAGUUGGGUUGGCCUAGCUUGAGUUGCCUGUAUGUGAGGCUAAGCUAAGCCUAUGCUUUCAUCAACAGGCCUUGUGUUCUGGAGCUUGCACGGUGGCUGUCUCCCACUUUGCCAUGUACAGGUGCCUCUUUCCUCAGGAAGGAACAAUGAUCUUGGGCCACAGCCAGGCCCAUCUGGUCUCUAGAAGCCUGCUCCAUGUGCCUGGCCAGGGCACUGUUGAGGGCAUGAAUGAGCCCUGUCUUCUCUCAUGUUCUCUGCUGCCACCUGGCCCACAGGUGGGAGGGAGUCAGAAUGGUCACUUCCGGGAGGUUUACAAAGAGCAGCUUAGGUGGGGGUGUGGAAAAGGAGAGUAGGGACCUGGGUGUUCACCUGCCACGCCUUCCAGUGCUACUGUCGUCACAGAUGGUACCAGCCAA